CCAAAUUGAUGCGACGGACUUCAAGAAGCACAUGCCAUUGUUCCGAGCCUGCGAGAUGGGCCACACGGAUGUCGUGCAGACGCUCAUUGAUGACGGGGCACGCGUCGGGAUGCUGGACGAGGACGAGUGGUCACCUCUGCAUUGGGGUUGACUGCUCUUCACUGGGCCUACAGAAAUGGUCAUCUGGACACUGUGAAACUGCUCAUUGAGUACAGAACAUUUCCCAAUCACAUGGAGUUCACAGAGGACAGGUACACCCCACUAGUCUAUGCACUGAUGGGUGAACAUAAUGAGGUGGCUCAGUUUCUCCUUGAGCAGGGAUUUCUUUCCAUCACAGAGCAGUACCAGGGACUCCCCAGGUGUUAGUUCACCAGCUAUGGAAUCAACAGUGUCUGAUGAUACACCGGUUGCCAGCCCAAGGGAGGGGCCUUUCGACCAGUCCCAGUCACAGAAGCUUGAGGGCGUCACACAGAUACAUGCGGCUGCUGUGAACGGGGACAAGGCCUGGCUUGCAAGAGUCAUAACGGCCAACAUUGGAACUGGCCUACUGGACGCCGGGGACCAGUUCGGCCGCACACCCCUGAUGUUUUGUGUGCUGGCUGACCGACUGGAGUGUGCUGAACUACUGCUGAAGGCUGGGGCGCAGACCAACAUGAAGGACAAAGGGGGAAGGACCGCCCUUCACUGGGCAGCACACAAGGGUAAUGUUCGCCUGAUUAAGCUGCUGCUAUCCAAGGGUGCUGACUGCCAUAUGAAGGAUAACGAAGGCCAGACCGCUGUACACCUGUGUACGAGACACAAGUCACCCAAGUGCAUGACUCUGUUGCUACGGCAGCUGUCGCCGGGGGAGAUUGAUGAUCAGGAUAGAAACAAGAGGACAGCAUUACACUGGGCUGCAUCGUAUGGGAAUUUAGAACACGUGAAAAUGCUGAUCAAGCAGGACUCGAACAUAGGCAUCCCUGACAUUGAGGGAAAAACGCCACUCCACUGGGCAGCCAGUAGUCGAGAUGCAGAGGCUGUCAACUGUGUCAGGCUCAUUUUGGACACGACCCCGAGUGUUAUAAACUGGCAGGAUUAUGAGGGAAGAACUGCCCUACAUUUAGUGGUUGCCGAUGGUAACGAGGCCGUCGUAAAAGCACUGGUCGCUGUUGACAACUGCAAUGUUUCUGCCCUGGACAACAUGUUCAGGACCCCUCUACACUGGGCUGCUGUACUUGGUCAUUCAAAGAUCGUAUCCUUGCUGCUAGACAACAAGGCGGAGUUCUCGAGUUCCGACCAGAACGGAGCCACACCUUUACACUACGCAGCGCAAAACAACUUUGACGAGACUGUUGAAGUGUUUCUGUCUCGCGCCAAUGUGACAGACGAAGCAGAUGUGGAGGGCAGGACUGCGUUCAUGUGGGCAGCGGGCAAGGGGGCGGACCAAGUGUUGGAGACCUUCCUCAAACACAAUGUGGACAUACAACAGGUCGACAAGAACGGUGGCACAGCCCUGCAUGCUGCCGCGCUCUCAGGUCAUGCCUCCUCAGUAAAGAUCCUGUUGAACCAUGGCGCCCAAAUCGAUGCGACGGACUUUAUGAAGCACACGCCGCUUUUCCGAGCCUGCGAGAUGGGACACACAGAUGUCGUGCAGAUGCUCAUUGACGAUGGGGCACGCGUCGGGAUGCUUGACGAAGACGGACGGUCACCCCUGCAUUGGGCUGCACUGGGAGGCCACGCCUACAUCUGCCAGACCCUCAUCAAAUACGUUGUCGACCCAAAUAUCAAGGACUCCUCAGGGCGAACUCCAAUACAGUGUGCGGCCUAUGGGGGUUACGUCAACUGUAUGUCUGUACUCCUUGAGCACAAGGCAGACCCUAACGCCAAUGACUGUGAGGGGAUGACUGCUCUCCAUUGGGCAUGCAGUAAAGGUCAUCUGGACGCUGUGAAACUGCUCAUUGAGUACAGAACAUUUCCCAACCACAUGGAGUUCACAGAAGAUAGGUACACUCCACUGGACUACGCACUGAUGGGGGAACAUCAUGAGGUGGCUCAGUUUCUUCUUGAGCAGGGAGCUCUUUCCAUCACAGGAAUUCAGGACAUUGCAGCCUUGAAAAUCCAGUCAGCAUUUAGGGGAUACCGCGUACGGAAAACGUUCAAGGAAAACAAACGGCUCCUUAUGAAGCAUGAGCAGUUGAAAAAAGAAGCUGCAAGGAAGCGAGCCACAGAGGAAUUCAGGAAGAGAGAGGACACCAAACACCGCCGUGAGGUCGAGGAGCGUUUACGCAGGGUGUCUCUAGUCAGCAGCUCGAAACCUAAAUCAUCGGAAGAGAAACCGCCGCGCAGAGAGUCGGUCAGGAAGACCAAAAAAGAAGCGAAGGAGGAGGGGGAAAAUGUUUUACGACGAAAGCAGCAGACACAGGUCAUCAAACACUCAGAAAACACACGUUUACACGACUUCAGGAGAAAACAAUACGCAGCCAUGAGGAUUCAGAAAGCAUGGAGAAAUCACAAGAUGAGGUCAUUUGCCAUUCUUCUCACAGCUAAGCAGGCAGUUCAUAAGAUGAGGAUGCGACAGGGAGCAGACGAAUUCCACAAACAGAUCGCUGCACUAACUAUACAGCUGGCUUGGAGGAAAUACAUCAGACGCAAGUUGCUCCAGUCUUUGGCCCCCAACAAACGGCAGCUACGAAUGUGGGACCCAGAGCUGAUUGCAAUGAAGCAGAGGGCCCUGGUCUCCCAGAUUUAUGGAGAGCAAAUUGCAGCACCGUUCUGGCACCCGAACAUGUUGCGUCCCCAGAGACCAUAUUGGACUAAACUGGCCCCAUCUUCUGCUGCUUUGUCAUACAACUUCGCCAUAGACCAAUAUCAUCCAUUGGUGGCCAAAAAAGGCUCUAUGCCGUCCCCAUUCCUCGACGAAAAGGGUUACCCGAAGGAAUUCAUUUGGCAGAUGAUAGAUGAGGAGGAGCUACAAGAAAAGACGCAAGCAAAGGGUAGAAAGGGGGUCAAUUAAGCCUAAUCAAGCUUCAAGACAGUCAAGCAACAUCAAGAAACUACUCCUACAACAUGCGAAGAUAAACAUAAACUCUAAGACAGUCAAACGUAAAAAUAGCUGUGAAAAUAUAUUGAAUAUUCUACUAUGCAAAUAUAAUCUGUGAAGAUAAACAUUUGAACAUAAACUUAGCUGUUAUGAUAACCAUAUAGCUGUGAAAAUAUAUUGAUAAUCCUAUUAUUCAAAGAUAAUCCAUUAAUUUAAAGAUAAAUAUGGAGAUAAACUUAGUUGCGAUGAUGACCAUAUUGCUGGAAAGAUGAUCCUAUUAUGCAAAGAUAAUCUCUUGUUGUGAAGAUAAACAUCUGAAGAGAAACUUAGCUGUGAUGAUAAACCAUAAAGCUGUUAAGAUUAUCCUAUUAUGUGCAGAUAAUCUGCUGCUGUGAAGAUAAUCUGUGAACAAAGACAUUAGCUGGAAAGAUAAACCAAAUCUGAAAUGGGAUAAGUGUUGCUGUCCUGAUAAACACUGUGGUACAAAGUUUAGCUGAUGUGACAUUAGCCGAUCAACAUUAUAAGAUAAACGUGGUGAAAAAAAAACACAAUAACAAAUAAAUAUUUAUGAAGACCUUCGUAUGUCAAAAAAAUAAUAUAAAAAGAACAUUAACCGAUCAAACUUAUAAGAUAAACGUGGUGAAAAAACAAUACGAUAAGAAAUAAAUAUUUAAGAAUACCUUUGUAAGUCAAAAGCAAAAAAAAAAAAGGAAAAACUAUGCAAUGAGCAAUGAAAGUAUAAAAGUGUCACACUGUGGUAAGAAGUUCAGCUGAUGAACAUUUACAAAUAAACAUUAUAAGAUUAACAUGGUGAAAAAACAAUAAGAAAUAAAUAUUUAUGAAGACCUUUGUAAGUGAAAAACACAAAUAUUUAAAGGAAAAGCUAUAUAAUGAGCAAUGAAAGUAUAAAAGUGUAGACAUUUUAGUAUAUUUUAAUGAGCUGUGUUCUGGUGAUACAGGGUUUAACGCCAUGUGCUUGUAGUGUUGUCCUAGAUUAGCCUGUGCAUGAGUCUGUACAACUUUUAUGUAGAUUAUCAUUUAAAGAAAGUCUCUUCAAAACAAAAAAUCAAGUUUAGGCGUAAAGUGUUGUCCCAGAUGAGCCUAUGCAGACUGCACAGGCUAAUCUGGUACAGCACUUGACACACAUGCAUUAAGCCCAGUUUUCCCAGAGCACUGCUCAAAUAUAUUCUCUAAAUGUGUAAUAAUAAAAACAAUAAUUGUUUGACCUGCUGAUUUGCUGCUGUCCCCAUGGUUGUUCCCUCCAGAUUUAGUGUCCCGUCCUUUUUGAUAGAAAGUCCUUCAUUGUAGUUGUUAAACGUAAGUUUUUGUGCGCGAUUUUGGUCGUUUGUUUCCUUCAAAGUCGUUUAUCUGUGAUAUUAUUUGUGAUUUUCAUUUAUAUAUAGUAAAUCUAAUAUUAAUUAAUUAAUUAAUUAGUAGUUAUUGUGCUAUUACAUAAAAAAAAAUGUUUUUACAUUUUGUGUAUCCAUACCACUAGGAUCUGAGUUUUAUCAAAUUAUUUGACACUUGUUGAGUUGGUUGAUGAGAUAUUGUUCCUUGACCAUGUCUGAUUGAUGAGAUAUUGUUCCUUGACCAUGUCUGAUUGAUGAGAUAUUGUUCCUUGACCAUGUCUGGUUGAUGAGAUAUUGUUCCUUGACCAUGUCUGGUUGAUGAGAUAUUGUUCCUUGACCAUGUCUGGUUGAUGAGAUAUUGUUCCUUGACCAUGUCUUUACAUUUUUGUUCUACUAAAAAAUUAGCUUAACCCUUUACCACUUAGAUUCGAAUUUUGACGCAUUUGUAGUCACUUAGAAAGUAAAAUUUAAUAAAAGACUUUUCUUUCUAGAUUCAAGUUUUAAAGGCUUCAUUUCCAAUUCUUAGAUACUGAUGAGCAGCAAACAGCAUAAAACCUGAACAGACUGCGAGUUACUUGCUGGCUGUUCUGGUUUUAUGCUGUUUGCACAUAGCCAUUUUCAUUUUGCACCCGAGUCAGAAAUGGCCAUAUAUAUUUGUUGACCACUGUCAAAUAUCAAAAUGUUUUAUGUCAAUAUGUGCUCUUAUGAAAUGAAAUGUGUUAAUUGUUAAUUGUAAUAAAUGUUCUUGUACUUGUCGGUUUUAUGUAAAAUCAAAAUAAUUGCUUGUGAUUGUGGUUUGUUUUGUCAUGUGUUUAUGUUUGUUAUUGUUAAGAUUUGUUAUUGUAAACCUAUUUGUGAUAAUAGUAUUGUGUUGUUUUUUCAUAGGUAGGUAAUAGGAAAGAAAAAUAAAAUGAUGAUUUUUG